AUUUGAUAUAUAAUGCGUUUAGAUAUAAAACCAAGCACAAAAUUUAAAAAAUACUGAGUUAAAUUUAACUUUUAUUAGGUUUAAAUUAUAAUAUUCUCAUGGUCGAUUUUAAAAUAUUCUGUUCAAAUAGUUGGGAUGACCGGAUCAAAGUGAUAUUGUUGACAUUCAAUAUGGCGGUAUGUCGUCAGUGCUAUGCUGUGUCGUGCUUGUGAAUAUCGGGUAAAAAGGUAUAUAGAUAGUAACAAAAUUAUAAGAUUACCCCCAAACAAUCUAAUGCAGUCCAGAGCUCCGAUUCAGCAAGCAUUGAAGACAUCUGAGGAUCUAGUGUAACAUAUGUAGUUUAUUUUUCAACAAUAUAGUUUCGGUUAUAAUAAAUUGUGACCUUUUUGCGUUAAAAGACUAAUUCGUGUUCUCGUGAACACAAAGACUACAAGAAAAUGUGAUUUGAUUUAAAUAAAAAUAUUUUACUGGUAUUAGAAACUAACACCACACGUUUUUCUGUGAUAUAUUGCUAAAGUAAUACUGGAUUUUUGACCUAUAUACAAGAAGACGCAAUCAAGAUAAAAUGUCCAGCAAUCCUCAGUGGAAAAUGUUCCAGCCGCCAGAUUCACAUUCACAACCACUGCAAGAAAUUCUUGAUCAGCAUUCAUCCAUGCAGGCAAAACAGUCUUACCGCAAUGGUACAUACAGCAGUGAAUAUCCCAGUUCCCCCAGGGAUAACUUCAAUAACAUGAGUAAAGGUGGCGGCAACCGCUUUUCUAUGGGCAACUACAAUAUAGAUGGGUGUCCCAUGGGAGAUUCUGUGGGGGUAUACUCAUCAGGUUCAACUAACAAUUCCUCGUCUCAGUAUGAUUCAAUGAACCACCCACCUAUUAGAGAGACUGGAAUUAUUGAAAAAUUAUUGCACUCUUACGGGUUUAUACAGUGCUGUGAGAGGCAAGCUCGCUUGUUCUUUCACUUUAGCCAAUUUAGUGGCAACAUUGAACAUCUUAAAAUUGGUGAUCCAGUAGAAUUUGAAAUGACCUACGAUCGACGCACUGGAAAACCUAUUGCUUCAACAGUCACUAAGAUCGCACCAGAAGUGGUGCUGAGUGAAGCUAGAGUAACAGGCACUGUCACUACUGAAGUUAAGGGAGAGGGCUCUGGUGAUAACACAGGUCGGAUUUCAUAUGAAAACCGUGGUGAAUGUUUCUUUCUGCCAUACACCAAGGAUGAUGUGGAAGGCCAUGUUACAUUGCAUACUGGCGAUGCCGUCAGCUUUCAGAUUGCAACUAAUCAAAGGGGUACUUUGGGCGCAUGCCAUGUCCGUUUUGAGAACCCCGUACAUCCAGUCAAAUAUCAUGGAGUAGUUUGCUCUAUGAAAGAAAACUUUGGAUUUAUCGAGAGAGCUGAUGUGGUUAAGGAAAUAUUUUUUCAUUACUCUGAGGCUAAGGUUAAGGAAGAACUGACUUUAGGUGAUGAUGUGGAAUUUACCAUACAAACUAGGAAUGGCAAGGAGGUAGCGUGUGGCAUUACGAAAUUGCCGAGUGGUUCAGUGGUGUUCGAGGACGUGAGUCCUGAGAUCAUGCGCGGGCAGGUGCUGAAGCCGCUGGAACGAGGCAACAUGGCGCGCGUGCCACAGAACGACCCGCUCCCAGGCAGGAUCAGAUACCGCGCCGCUGAUCAUUCCGAAGUUGAAGUGCCGUUCGGCGAAAAAGAUCAAUCCGGCGAGUUCACUCUCCGCCACGGCGACUGGGUCCAGUUCCAAGUGGCCACGGACAGGCGGGAUCAGUUGAAACGGGCCACCAACAUCUCCUUGCUCGAUGAGUCGUUCAAUGUCUCCGGGGAACGGAGGGAGAUGGGCGUGGUGACUUCUCUUAGAGAGGGUUUCGGAUUUAUUCGCUGCGUAGAAAGAGAACAGACUAUGUUUUUCCAUUUCGCCGAAGUUUUGCGCCUUGGCCACGAGUUGAGUGUCGGCGAUGAGGUGGAGUUCACCGUAGACCCAGUGAACACGUUCUCCAACAUGAACACGCGCCAAUCCGCGAUCAGAAUCAAGCACCUGCCGCCCGGCACGGUCCAGUUCGAGAGCCUCGUGGAGCGCGGGCUGCGGGGCGUCGUCACCAAGGAGGCGCAGAUGUUUCCGUCUGGAUCCAGUCCUACCCCGGAAAGUAACGGAACAAUUAGUUGCCAGAUCAACGGUGUGAAGAAAUCCCUGCCGUUCACAGCUAAAAAAUGCGAAUCCAAGAUGCUGCCACGUGUCGGGGACAAAGUCAUUUUCGAUGCUUAUCAGGUGAAGAGAAACAAGGAGCUGAUCGCCAUGGCGGUGCAGGUCCAGCAUAGCCUGAUCAACGGCGCCAGCAACGGGUCCGCGACGCGCCCUGUCCAGCACGGAUUCAUCGCGGCGCUCAAGGACGGCUUCGGCUUCAUCGAGACCUCCGACCACAACAAGGAGGUCUUCUUCCACUUCAGCAACUUGGAAGGCAGUCACGACUCAUUGGAAUUAGGCACCGAGGUGGAGUACAUGUUGGGUCGCGUGACCGGAACUGGAGGGGGAUGCGCGAGCGCAGAGUUCGUGCGCGUUUUGCCUCGAGGAACUAUCCCGAUCGCUAAGCCCUUGGACACAACGCUCAAUGGCACUGUCACGAGGACGCUGCGAGCCCUGAAUCCAGACCAAGCCCAGUAUUCUGGUUUGAUCCAAGUAGACGGCGGCGGCGCAUCGUACGAGUUCGGUAUCAUGGGGCUGGCGUGCAAGCGCGAGAUCCUGCAAGUGGGCGACCCCGUCACCUUCCAGGCGGACGUGGAGGGCCGCGCUACCAACAUUGUGCCAAUACGCAAGAAGAGGCGCGCCACUGUCGACGCUAUCAAAGGUGUGUUCGGUUUCUUAUCGCUAGAGGCGGAGGACAACCGGCGAUUAUUCUUCCACAUGUCGGAGGUGCGCGGCAACUCGUCUGAUCUUCAGCCUGGGGACACGGUCGAAUUUGUCAUGCUCACUAACUCUCGCAAUGGCAAGUCGUCCGCCUGCAAUGUGGUCAAAGUGGGCGCAAAAUCGAGUGUGAAGGCCCGUUGUGAGCGUCCGGAGCGCCUCCUGGCGCGGCUGCGUACCGCGUCGCUGGAGGAGUCGGGGGGGCCGCGUGUGGUGCUGGCGCGAGUGCCGCGCGGCCCCGACGGCACUCGGGGCUUCCGGCCCCGGCGGCCCCUCGCAGAUCUGUUAGCCGAGUGAGUCUAGUGACGAUUUACAUACCAAGGCCUCAACAUACUACACCUAUGUAGAUAAACAUCGUAAUGGUUUGAUUUUCAAAUUAUUUCAUUGUAUUCACGUGAGACUGACUGAACCUUUUCUGUAGCAGCAUUUAGAAAAUUGUUUUGUGUUUUUUAUUUACUAAUUCUGGGGCAAAACAAUCUUAACAAAAUUGUUGUCAGCUACCACAUAAAACUGAUCAAAUUGUACAACAACAGUUGUACGGCUUAUAUCAAUGAGCAAAGAACAUAUCAACUUAAUCAAACCGAGUUUAGUUUGCAAGUACGUAUAAGUAUGCAGUCGAUUUUGAUUUCUCUAAAUAAGAGGUUCUUUUUCGCAUAGGCAGUUGUUCAAAAUUCCGCUUGCGCCACACAUAAGCACUGGUAUGGUUUGCCAAGUUCAGUUGUAUUGUAAUGGCCGGCACAUAACACAUGAAGCAUCGCCACUCGAAAACGUCGACGCGCCUCACAAGCUCAUCUCGUGUAAAUAUUUCUAUUAUCUAGCUGUAAUAAUAAAAUCAUUAUUCUCACAUGUAUCCUCACAUUUUUUAUUACGUAUUUUUUAUAUUGUAAAAUAAAAUUUAUUAAAUCUUACUUUAACAUGAAUUAUGUAGAUGCGUAAAUUUAUUAUCGAUUCAAUGAAUUAACAAUAUAAUCGAUACGGACACCAUCCACGUUUGUUGCCGUUUUUUGUUUACGUUUGUAGAUCUCUAUUUGCGAAACGUUCUGUGAUUUUAUAAAAAUUUCGUGUGCAAUAAUGUUUAACAAAAAAAUAUAAAAAUAAUAUCGUCCCUACAGGGCACUACCUAGUCUUUUAGUAUUAUAAUACCAUGUGUCUCUACUGCGCUUCAUUUGAUAUGUGUCGCCCGUGGUAGCCUUGGCCAUGGCUAACGUUGAAACGAACAAAAAUUUGUAAAGCUAUUGGAAACGAAGCAUUUAAGUAUGGAGAAGUAUGCGAUUACGCUGUCAUGGAACCAAAGACUGAAAAAUAUUUAUUACAGUAAUUAUAUUGGUAUUAGAUUUAUUAUAAUUUACUAUGUGUUGUGAACAUUCAUGGUACUGAUGCGCUUGUUAUGGGUUGGUUGUUCGCUGUAUGUGCAUGUUAUUUUCUGAGGCUGUGAGAGUUGACUCUGAUCAAAUGGACCAGACAAAAGUUCUUCAAGAAAUAUAUUGAUGUCGUAAAGCAGUGUAAAUUGCGUUUGAGAUAAUCGUUCGAUUUUCUUCUGCUGGUUCAUGCAUGGAUAAUAAGUGCGAAAUGGGUCUGUUUGUACGGAUUGGGCCCUCAUAGCCACGCGUCGAAGCGAGCAAUUUGUCACUAUUUCGUGUUUAUGAACUGAUAUUUGUAAUAAAGCAAUAUGAAAUGUGUUCAUGUACAGGUAUCAGUCGGCUAAUGUAGAUAGUAAUCGAUUGUACUGAGUCAAAACCGCGCGAGCCUUGUAGCUAACGAGUGCUUUGUUUGUUUUUAUUUUGUUUUCUAGGAAUUUACAGAAGAGGAUGUUUUAUGAUAGACUGUUUGGGGUGUAGCACGUGUUGUUGCUUUGAGGAUAGCCUCAAAGCAACAACACGUUGCAAUGCGCAGCAUAGACAUAGGUCUAUGCUGCGCAUUGCAACAUAAGCCAAAUUAUGUCAAAUGUAAAAAGCAUUUCAUGCGAGAUAAAUGCCACAUACGACCAAAAUUACACCCAGGACGAUCUAGCACAAAUUGUCCUAUAGUCGUAAGAAUUAUCUCAUCGAAUCUAUACUUGUUUAAUGAUAUCUGACAGUUUCCUGCUAAUAUACAAUUUGAUUAGUAUUCAGGCCUCGGUGGUGUGCGACGUGGAUUGAUGUAGCCAUUUGUGAAGCGUCAGAUGGUCUCGUGGCGCCAGUGGCCUUGCAUGUUAUGUUCACGGCAACAUAUUACUUUCCUUAAUGUUAUUGUGAUGGACGCGAAUGUUAUUGAUGUUUGAACGAUGGUAAACUCUACACCAAAAUUGAAUUUAUGUAAUUUAGUAUUAAGUAGUUAACCAAUUAAAAAAUAAACUGUUAUCUUGCUUUGCAAUACCAAAUGUGACUUUUAUCGAAUUUUACUUGUAUCAAGUUUCGUAUAAAAAAGACUGUGUUAUCAUUUUUGGUGUGGAACCAUCUAAGGGCUGUGCAUGGGAAAUGUUAAUUGUAAUGUUAAUACUUGUUACCCCAAAGAAGUAACUGGAAUUUUGAACAAACGUUUUAUGCCUUUAUGCUUUAAAAAUGACUUUGUUUAUGCUGUAACAUGUUUAUCUACUUUCAUGUAACCAUAUUAUAGUAAUAGUCGAAAUAUAAUAAUCAGAAUAAUUGAUGUUGUAGUGUACGAAAGGCCCGGAUCUUUUCGGGUACCUCUAGGUAUUAUGGUAAAGUAGCGUUAUCAGACGGGAGGGCUGCGGCGCCCCGAACCUGCUAGCUCCCGAUCACCACCUUGCCGGACUUAUCUCUCACUCGAGUUCCCAUGUAGAUGAAUUUGGCGAACCAAUGAAAUAUUGUAUUGUAAUGAAUUUCAGUGCCUAAAAGAACCUCUGGAUCACAAACCAAAAGAAAGAAAAUUAUGUUAAAUUAUGUAAGGCUUUCUGAAUACAAACUUUGAAAUAUUCAUAAGAGUUUAUUUUUAUUUAGUUCUUCGGAAUGUAUUCGUUUAGGCCCGAUUUUUCAAUUCCUAAAUAUUUAUAUAUAUAUUGAUUAAACAAAUGAAAUUAUGACUUUGUUCGCCAGAUAAGCUAUCGAGGAUUGAAAAGGCGGUCCUAAAUAUAAGAAAAUGCCAAAUGUUUAUUACACUGUACAGUUGUAACUUGUGAUUAAUGGAAUACACGCUAUAUCCGAAUAUACCGAGCAAGCGGCGUGACGAACCCCACUGACAUUCUGAGCAUCCAUUAACAUAUCCUACCGGUUCUAGAUUAGUCGUGUCAUGUAUGCUGGCACACGGCGGCUACGGCGAGCGUUUCUGUUCAAAAAUGACUGUAUAUAUAUGCCAAUCGGACGUGUAUCGAACGAAAUCCGUAACGUGUCAUCUCAAUAGGCAUUUACUACGUAGUUAUUCGCUAAAUUUACAUGCAUCCCAGUCAUUUCGCUUAUUGUUUAUUACUUUCUUCCCGGUCCUGGCAAAACUACUACACUCAUUACAUUAAAUUGCCAGCGGCAGGACUGUUCUAGGAUUGCUCGCACUGAGAUUAUUGAUGCUCUUCUGUUUAAGUUGGCCACAUUUAUUAGGCAGUUUAUUCGCAAAGUGACUGCUUGUGAGUAAAACCUCGUACAUGGAUCACUCCUAGAUAGAUCUUGACUUUGUUAGUAUAUUAGUUAUUAUAGUCUACAUCACAUGCGUAGUUUAUUGGUGUCUAGUGUGUAUUGUAAUUUGAUUUAUAUUAACGGCCCGUUUGUCUUUUUUAGUCUUCAUCACUUACCUACCAAAGUACAUGAUUUGGUGGUAUUAUGGUAGGUAGGCAUUUAGUGUUACUUUUUAUCUCUGCAACUUAUGUACCUUAAGUAACCUGCUAUGUUCGAUGGCCUGCUGCAUAAUUCUAUUAUUUGCACCGAUGCAGCAGAAUGGAUUACAUCGCGUGUCUGGUUGCACUUCACCAAGCAUUUGUGAUUUAGAGGCGUCCAAGACAUUCAUUAUUACGAUUACUUUUUCUUCAGUGGUAUAUUAUGUUCAUUGUAUAACGAUCAUGUACGUCUCUAAAUUUCUAGUGCAUAGGCCGCACAGAGGAAGCUGGCUGGCUUUUAUUUGGCAUAAUUAUUUACCUGAUACUUUGACUAUCUGUUUUAUAUUUCUGCACUUUUAAAUCUAUAAUCUCUUGUAUCAGUUUACUAUUGCCGUAAGACACUUAUCGUUCAUAUACUCUACUUACCGAGAAGAAUCGUCUAAUUAGAUUUUUCGUUCUCCUUUAAGUGCCUUACUCGCAAUCACAAAUUUACAAAAUAUCGAACGAAUUUUCAAUUAUAGCACAAGAUUUAUGUAAGUGUAGUUAGGGGUCAAGCAAUACCAUAGUUAUAAAAAGUUUUGCGAAGUAAGAUUUUUGUAUUGUUAGUGUAUAUGGAAGCUUCGUCGUAGCCGCCCGCAUUUAUUAUAUAUAUUUAAUAUACACACGUAAUUUUUGAACCAUGACACGCAAGUACUGACGUUUGAAUUGCUUGUGGUGGUUCAAAUAUAGUGUAACGCUUUAACCUGUGCCUGUUUUUCGGUAUUGGCCCGAUCUAUAUAUACCUGGGUAUAAUGUUGCGCCACUGUUGCCAUGCCGAGCUACUUCUUAGCUUAUAUCAGUCAUGCAAUAAGGACACUAUACAUACAUUUACUAAUAAACGAUGUGAUUAUACCAUUUAAAA